ACUGACCAGCCUUAUUAUCUCCCUAGGGACAACCUUUCUCUGCCGUUAGCGGGAACUGAGACACAGCCUGCAUCAGCUACCCCAGCCCUACCACCCUCGCUUCUUAGCAUGCUAGACCCAGCUCACCUGGGACUCCCUGAGCAACUGGCCUCUGUGACUGUCCCUAUCCGCCUGGACACUCUGUCUUACCUCCUACACACUGCCCUGCUGGGGACCUACAAGUUCCAACAGUCUCUACCCCCUUGCUCCUGCUCUGUGCAGCCAUACCACAACUCACCACACACAGUCAGGAGACCUCCCAGGAAAUGGGACCAGGCCUCUGGGGGCUGGGAGGUUCAGAGCAGGCCUUCCAGGGGCAGGGGCCGGGGCCGCGGCCAGUCCCGAUGGUGUCCUGGGAGAGCCAAAGAGUUUGAGAGGAGCAUGGCUGGAGGCCCUGGGGCUGGCCCCAAGACCCAACCAGUGACACCACCAUCCCAGGAUAGGCAGAAGGAAGCUGGAGCCCUGGAACCAUCCCCACCUCCAGCGCCUUUGUCUGAAGACUGGGAGACAGACUACUAGGACCCCAAAGAGCAUCUGGUACUUGGCCACCCAAGGGUUCCUUCCAAGAGCUCACAGAGUUCUUAAUCCUUCAGAGGUACUCCUAAGAAAUAUCAUCUCUACAGCCUUCCCAGCCUCCAUACUACAGCCUCUGAAGGU